UGCUAAGGUUAAAAAAAUUGUUUUCAGAAAGAACCGUUGGAGGAUUGGACCUCUUUGCACCCAUCUUUGGGGAUUUAUCACAGAAAAAAAGCAAGAAAAAUACUGACGCAACGUGUCUGCCAAUAUUUAUUGUUGAUAAGUAAUUUGCUUUUGGUGAUAUGGAAAUGAAUUCGUCUGAUAGUGGAGAAGAUUUUGAGAGUGCUGAUGAAGACUUUGAUCAAGAUAACUCCUCAAAAUGUUUGAAAAGCCAGACCGGAAAUCUAAGUAAUGCUAAAUCAGAAGGAAUACUUGUUGAACAUUCCCCGAAGGAGAUAGUUAAAAAUGUACCAAUUGAAGAAUUCAGUUCUUUACAAUUAAAAGAAACCCAACAUACUGUAAAGCAUAAUAAAAAUGAUUCAGAUAAUGUUCUGAAUAGUGCAGUUUUGGAAAAUAACUCAAAUACAAAUAAGGUUGAUAAUAUUAAAAUCAAGCCUCCUUCUAAGAAACUUGGGACUAGAUUAACUGGAAAUGCAAAACUUGAUAUUUCACGUGUACCAAGUAUAUCGAAAAAACCUGAACCAGAAGAUAUGAAAGAAAAAAGGGAAUGUAUAAAUUCUCUGGGAAUAAAAAUAGAAAAUGAAAGUCAGCAUAUUAAACCAACAGAAAUAAGUUUACAAAAACAAUCUGCAGAACAUGGAGAAAAACUAUCUAUAAAAAGUAGUGAAAGUGAACAAAACUCAGGUGAUGGCUGGGAGAUAGAAGAAGAUGGGUUUAGUAUUCCUUCUACACUAGCAAAAUCGUCUGAUAUGACUAUUGAAAAUAAUCUUGAGCAAAUUGACACACUUGAAAAAAUCAAACAAUCAUCUAAUGAACAAGAGGACACACAAGGGUGGGGUGGAUGGGGAGGCUGGGGAGUAAGUUCACUGAUUUCAACAGCUACUGGCAGUGUCUCCACAUUCUCCAGUCAGGUGUCCGCUGGACUCUCCACAGUUCUGGAGACCACUGUGGGUGCACCUGACGCCGAGACACUAGCCGCUGCCAGUGUUGGAACUUCUGAGCGAACAGAUGAACCAUCAGUCAGUAAAGAAGAUAACACUCUACCGAGUUACGGUGGCUUAGGUUCAAUUGUGUCAGGAGUUAGUUUUGUCAGCAGUACCGUCAUCAAUCGUGGACUGGAUACUCUUGAAUCUUUGGGAAAGAAGACAAUGGAAGUUCUUCAAGAAGGAGAUCCAGGAUUGAUGAAGAAGCGAGCUAUGCUCUUUCCUAACCAGGAAAAACCUUUACUUUCCCAGAUUUUACAUGAAGCCAAAGAGAAAGCAGAACAUAGUGACAAAGAAAAGGAGGAAAAAGAAACUGCCAGAAAAGUCCAUUUUGAAAGCAUCUUUGAUGAUUUUCAUGGAAUGGUGCAUCUGGAAGCCCUAAAGAUGUUGUCUACUCAGUGUGAGCUGAAGCUGCAGUCUCAGAUGCAGUCUCUGUCAGGAGACCAGCUGACAGACUUUCAGGAGACCAUGGCCCAAGUGAAGGACCUCUGUGAGCUGUCAGAAGAAGAGGAAGACAUUCCAGAGUUAACUCAAGAACAAUUUGCAGAACAUAUAACAAGAUAUGUGGAUGGUCUCAAGGUUAAAAUAUCAGCAGCUAAAAUAAUUAAUAUAAACAGAGAAAUAGUCAACAGACUGGACAGUAUGAAGACGGAAUCUCCUACAGUAGUGAACCAAACUGCCAUCUCCUCUGUGGCAGAGUUUACAGCUGCGGCGAUGGAAUGUUUCCAUAAAAGUGCAGAGUUAUUGCUCGCCAAAUCUCUACACAACACUCCUGAAGAGGCUGAAAGUUAUGUGCAACUGACAAAUCUCUUAUGUGCAAGAUCAUCUGUGAUAACAAAUGAAUUUACCCAGCUGUUGACAAAAAAAGAUCCCAUUGCAAACAGCUCAAUGAUAACAAAUAUUUUCUUAGAGGCCACAAGCAGUAGUACGUAUAUCAAUAACGCUUGCCAACUGCUGGUGCCAAUACUCCAAGUCGGCGCCCUCUCAUAACCAAAGUGUGAUAAAUAUACUCUGUAAAUAUUUCCUUAUCGAGGUAACUACUCAAAGUGCUUUCAUUCAUAUGUAAUACAUAUCAUUAUUAGAUCAUAUGUAAACACUUCAGUGUAUCUCUUAUUCGUCAGUUUUAACCAAACCAUUGUGUAACACAGCAAUUUAUUAUUCAAAUAAAUAAAUGUUUAUUGC